GCCGUGGCAACUACAAUCAACAGUAUGGCGGUGCAUGAGGAAGCAUACAAGAUCCAACGCUCUCCGCGAAUUUUUAUAAACAAUGUCGACACAUACGCACCAAAAAAUAUUGGCAAGUUUUUAGCAGCAAGCUAUGUUGAUUUGUCUCCCGAUGCUGAGGAACAUGAUGAACAACAUGAAGAAGAGCUGUUAGACAGUCCUGGUAGACGGAGAGCCAAACAUGCAAAAUAUGAAAUAGUUGGGACCGUUAGAGACAAGCCAGACAAGAAAAGCUCUACUUACAUUUUGGAGGAAUAUCACGAAUUAGAUCGAAAUGAACUCCUGAAACGACUGUUGGAGUGUGACGUGAUCAUAUAUGAUAUCUGUCAACAUGCGGAUCAGAUUGAAGAGGCGUCAUGGGCAGCCACGGCGCUUCAUGAACAAAUGAACAAGUUCUACAAACCGAAGACGUUCAUCCUUGUAUCAACACUGAUGACGUGGGCCAUGAGUAAGCCAGUCGAUCCUGAAAAUACAGCAAUUCCUUUCACGGAUAUGGACUACAGAAAACGAAAGCCACACCCUAAUUUUAAACAGCACAUCGCCGCUGAGAAAGUUGUGGUCAAACUGGGAAAAACUGAUAGGGCCCAAUUCUGCACAUUUGUGGUGGCGUCAGGUCUUCAGUAUGGGAUGGGAGAGAAUGCCUUUCAUUACUUCUUCAAAGCCUCUUGGCUUGGAGAGACGGAUAAAAUCCCCAUCUUCGGAACAGGCAGCAACAUCCUGCCAACCAUACACAUCAAUGACCUGGCCAGCAUCAUCCUGAACCUUAUCGUGCAAAAGCCAAAGCAGAAUUAUAUAGUCGCUGUAGAUGACUCCAAAAACAGCCUGGAAGAUAUAGUGAAGACGAUAUCCCACACGCUAGGACCUGCCAAGACCACAAUGGUUCCUGUGGAGGAGGCCUUCUUCGUCAAAGAGCUGACUCAAACAGAUAUUGACCUGCUGUUGGUCAACCUGCGCUUUGAGGCCCUGUUCGUCAAGGUGAACUUGGGCAUGAACUGGCUGUGUGAGCAGGGCCUUGCCGAGAACAUCAACCUUGUGGUGGACGAGUACAGACACACACGGGGACUACUGCCCAUCCGUAUCUGUGUGCUGGGACCACCUGCGGUGGGCAAGAGCACCAUUUCCCAGAAGAUCUGCGCUCACUACAAGCUCCCCCAUGUGAGGCUCAGGGAUGCCAUCACGGAGAAACUAGCAUACCUGGAGAGUGUGGUUCAAGCGGGUAUGGAGGCAGAGGAUUCGGAUGAGGUAGACACUGCUGCUCAGGAACUGCUGGAUAGUCUCAAGGACAGCAUGGACCAAAACGGAGGUCGACUAGAUGACCAGUAUGUCAUUCAGAUCAUCAGGGACAAACUCAAGUCUACCUCGUGCCAGAACCAGGGCUAUGUCCUUGAUGGGUUCCCAAAGACUUACGAUCAGGCAAAGGAGCUCUUUUUUGCUGAGGAGGAAGAUGACGGUGAAUCUAAGUCAAUCAAGAAGAUCCUUCCAGACGUGGUGUUCUCUCUGGAGGCGCCGGACGUCUUCCUGAAGGAGCGCGUGCUGAACCUGCCGGAGAGCGAGGUGGAGGGCAGCAACUACUCCCAGGAGCGCUUCCCCCGCCGCCUCAGCAACUUCCGCGACAACAACAUGGAGGACGACGCCGUGCUCAAUUACUUUGACGAGUUGGACAUGCAGCCCGAGCACAUCGACAUCAGCAGCAGCGAUGACAUCGAGUACCUGCUGGCCAUGGAGAAGGUGGUGCGCAAGGUGGGCAAGCCCCAGAACUACGGACCCACCUCCGAGGAGGUGCAGGAGGCCGAGAGGAGGAGCAUGGAGGCCCGGCUCCAGAAGGAGGCCCAGGAGACGGCCGAGAAGGAGAGACUGGAGGCGGAGGAGGCCGCGCAGAGGGAGGCUCGCUGGGAGGAAUGGAGUCGUCGCCUGGAGGAGGUGAAGCGUGAGGAGAAUGAGCAGCUGGAGCUGAAGUCGGUGCCCAUGCGGAGCUACCUGGCACAGCAGGUGAUGCCCACCCUCACUCAGGGCCUCAUCCAGUGCUGCAGCCACCGCCCUGACGACCCCAUAGACUUCCUGGCGGAGUAUCUUUUCAAAAACAAUCCCAUCAUCCAAUAAAAAAGCCUCCACAGAAUUCCCCAUCUUACCUUGCUUUACAUUUUAUGCAAGUGAAUAUGUCUAUUUCAAUCAUGUUGAAGAAUGAUUUGUCAUGAUUCACAACUGAAAUAAACUGAAUUCUUCUUGAAAAGCUCA